AUGGGCAACGUCCUCUCCGUCUUCUCCCACGACAGUGGCUUCACCAAGGUGGAGAAGGCGGCGCUCGAGAAGAAGCUCGCCGACCGCGAUGAGACCAUCGCUGUCCUCGAGGACGACCUCUCCCGGAAGGAGAAGGAGCACACCAGCGUCUCUAAGGACGCCGACGAGCUUAGAGAGCGAAUCAAGUUCCUGGACGGCCAGUACGAGACCGCCCGCCAGGAGAACCAGGCCCACGUCGCCAAGCUCCAGGCCGAGCUGAAGGACGGCUCUGCCAAGUCCGCGCAGGAGCUCCGUGCUGUCCAGGAGGCUGCCGCCUCCCGCACCCAGGAGCUCGAUGCUGCCAAGACCGGUCUGACCCUGCUGGAGGAGAAGCUCAAGUCCCUCGACCAGGCAAAGGAGACCCUCGAGGCCGACCUCGCUGCCGCGCGGAAAGAGCUGGCCGAGGCCAAGGAGUCUCAGUCCUCGGCAGAGGCCGCCCUGAAGGAGGAGAUUGCAUCGCUGAAGUCCCAGGUUUCCGAUGCCGACAGCAAGCACACCACCCUGGCCCAGGCCAAGACUGACUUGGAGGCGUCCGCCAACAAGCUCAAGCAGAGCAUUAGCCAGCUUGAGGGCUCCAACAACGAGCUUAAGUCGUCCAACGGCAAGCUGGAGCAGUCAGCUGCCGAGCUCAAGGCAUCCAAGGACAAGAUCGAGGCCGACCUUGCCGCCGCUACCAGCACCCUAGACCAGCACAAGAAGAGCCUCUCUGAGGCAGAGGAGAAGCUCUCAUCGUUACAGCAGACCCACGACAAGCUCAAGACCGACUCGAGUUCCGAGCUGUCCGCCGCCAAGAAGGACCUGGCUGCUUCCCAGGACAAGCACAGCGCAUUGGAGAAGACCCACAGCGAGCAUAAGUCGUCUUCGGAAGCCGAACUUACUUCGGUGAAGAAGCAGCUGGCCGAGCUCCAGGAGAAGUACGCUGCCCUUGAGAAGACGAACGAGGCGCUCAAGAGCAACUCUGGCGCUGAGCUUUCGUCCGCCAAGAAGGAUCUGGCAGAUGCACAACAGAAGCUUCAAGACCUCCAGAAGGAGAACGAGAAGCUCGCUAGUGCUGCAACCGAGCUUGCUGCCGCCAAGAAGGCCACCGCAGAGUGGGAGCAGAAGCACGGUUCCCUGCAGUCUGCCCACGACAGCCUCGCCAAAGAAGUCGAGGGUGCCAAGAAGCAGGUAGCAGAUGCCGAGGCUUCCCAGAAGAAGCUCAAGGAUGAGCACGCCGCCGAGUUGGAGAAGGCUAAGUCCGGCUCCUCCGCCCUCGAGGCCAAGGUGAAGGCUGCUGCCGACGAGCGCGACUCAUUGAAGAAGUCGCACGAUGAGCAGGCCACCAAGCUCUCUGAGCUCCAGAAGCAGGCCGAUGAGGCACAGAGCAAGGCCAAGAAGGCCGCAGCGGACCUCGAGGCUGCCCAGACGGAGAACAAGAGCCUGAACACCAAGGCUGCCAAGGCUGCUGAAUUGGAAGCCGCCGCUGACAAGUCCAAGAAGGAGACUGCUGAGUUGAGCAGCAAGCUCGAGACGGUCCAGGCCAGCCUCGCUGCCGCCGAGAAGGAUACGAAGGCGGCUUCCGACAAGAGCAGCAGCCUCGAGACCCAGGUCAAGUCGCUGGAGUCCAAGCUGAGCGGCCUUGAGUCCGACGCCAAGAAGGCGUCGACGGAGCAGUCCGACAUCACUUCCAAGCUGCAGAAGGCCGAGAGCAGCCUCGCCACCGCGGAAAGCGACAAGAAGGCUGCUGUCGAGAAGGCCAGCACCCUGGAGGAGAAGGUCAAGGCUCUCGAGGCAGAACUUAAGGCGCAGAAGGAGAAGGCCGCCGUCGCCCCGGCCCAGGAGACCAAGGCAGAACCCGCUGCCGAAGCAUCGAAGGAGGUUGAAGCAUGA